AUGCACGAUAAAGAAAACCCUCGUAGUGAGGAUGUCGACAAUCGUCGACGCACAUCUUCAGAGUUUAACACGUCCUCGGAUGUUGAAAAGAAUGCGCCUUCAGAUAACCGCCACUCAAAGCCCACAGAUGAAGGCCAAAAUGAUGCGGAUCUGAGUGAUCAGACGACCGAAGCUGGUAAUCUGGAUGACACAGCCGCAGAAUCAUUCGAGGUCUCGUGGGACGGCGAUAAAGAUCCCAUGUGCCCGAGGAGUAUGUCCAGGAUGCGCAAAUGGUUCAUUGUUUCUAUUGCCUGCAUGGGCAGUCUCUGCGUUACAUGCGCCAGUUCAAUCUACACGGCUACCUACGCGCAGAUGAACGCCGAGUUCAAUUGCUCGCAAAUCGUCGCGACGCUUGGUCUUUCGACUUUUGUUUUAGGAAUUGCUCUAGGGCCCGUGUUAACCAGCCCUUUGAGUGAAUACUACGGCCGCCGACCCAUCUACCUUGUAUCGUGGACCAUGUUUAUCAUCUGGACCAUUCCCUCAGCCGUGGCCCAGAACAUCGAGACCAUGAUCGUCGCGCGUUUCUUCACUGGCUUUGCAGGCAGUAGUUUCUUGAGUGUUGCGGGUGGAACAGCAGGAGACGUCUUUGAGCGCCACGAGAUCCAGAAGCCUAUGAGCUUGGUAUCCCUGGCGCCUUUCAUUGGACCGACUCUUGGACCUCUAAUGGGAGGCUUCAUCAACUACAACACGAAUUGGCGAUGGACGUACUACGUGAUGCUCAUCUGGGCUGUUAUUCUCAUGGUUGCGAUUUUCUUCUUUGCGCCUGAGACGUUCCAUCCCAUCCUCCUGCGCGAGAAGGCGAGGAAGAUUCGCAAGGAGACUGGGAAGGACUCGUACUGGGCACCUAUGGAACGCACCAAAAAGCCCAUUCUUGAAACGCUCAAGAUCUCAAUCCUUCGGCCGUUCCAGCUCCUCUUCCUGGAGCCCAUGUGUCUCUGUCUGGAUCUCUACUCAGCCCUCCUCCUCGGCAUUCUGUACCUCUUCUUCGGCGCAUUUCCCCUUGUCUUCCGCACCAAUCACGGCAUGAACCUCUGGCAGGUCGGAAUGACUUUCUUGGGAAUUCUCGUUGGAACCAUGAUUGCAACGGCCACCACUCCCAUCUGGGCCAAGAUGCGUGCUGGAUGGUUGGCUCAGCAGGAGAAAGAGACUGGGAAAGCUAUCAGCGAGCCCGAGUAUAGACUGCCGCCGUGUAUUCUUGGAGCCGUUCUUGCUCCGAUUGGACUGUUUUGGUUUGCUUGGUCGACUUAUGCCGAUGUUCAUUGGAUAGUACCAAUCGUUGGUUCUGGAGUCUUUGGUUGCGGAAUGCUCCUCAGUUUUACCGGUAUUUUCACCUUUUUAGUUGACGCAUAUCCCCAAUACGCUGCAUCUGCAAUGGCAGCCAACAGCUUUGCCCGUUGUUCAUUUGCUGCCGCUUUCCCUCUCUUUGGUAUCCAAAUGUACGAGAAGCUCGGAUAUCAGUGGGCAUCUAGUCUUCUUGCUUUCUUGACAGUUGCCAUGGCGCCCUUUCCCUGGCUAUUUUUCAAGUAUGGAAAGCAGUUGAGGGCUAAGAGCAGAUUUGCCUCAAACACUUAG